AUGUUAGAACGAGGCCAGGGCACGGCGCCCGAGGAGGAGAAGGUCAUGGACCAGCCUCCCGUUCCUCUGUCUACUGAGAUCAACAUUGCGACACGCAACCUUCACACCACCCUCAACCGCCUCAUAACGAGCCGCCUUCCGCUCGCGCUGCCACCACACGCUUCCGACCCGACGCUCUACACGACUGGGCUCCUCCACUUUGCGCACAUCUUCCUGACCUUUGAAUCGCUCUGGGCCGACCUCUUGCGCGACCACAGUCCCCAGCCACCCGCGAAUGACCCCUCUCUCGCCUCUCCGCCAUCAUCCCCACUGCUAUCCUAUCUCCUCGUAAAUCCCUAUGACUCGCCUUCGCUCUUCACAUCUACCCUCGGCGCACCGACCCCGCCAUCGCCACAAAUCCUUGCCUUGUUACAGACAGUCAGGCCUCGGGGGCUGAUGCGGUCGGCACGCGUAAAGAGGGACCUGGAACACCUAAUGGACCUCCACCCAACAGACCUCGAGGUUGUUCUGGCGCAGUAUCCUGGAGACAAAGUCGCCGACUUCUGCACACAUAUCCGGAAGGCUGUGCAUGAGAAGCCAUGGACCUUGAUCAGCUAUGCCUGGUGUUUUUACAUGGCUGUCUUUUCCGGUGGCCGUUGGAUACGUGCCGAACUGCUGAAGGCUGGUCCCGACUUCUGGCAAGCAAGCAAAGAGGACGACAAGUCGACCAUCUUUCAGCUACCUGAACGUGUCCUGUCCCUUUGGCAUUUUCCCGGUCAAUUUGAUGGGGAAGAUAUCAAGAUGGAGUUCAAGGCACAGCUUGCGGCCGCGGAGGCACUCUUCACACCGGACCAGCGCGUAGACAUCAUCGAGGAGGCCAAGAACAUUUUUCGGCUUUGCGCAAGUCUGGUGCAAGAGUUGGACGACAUGGUUGCCACCGGGACCGCUCCGGUAAUCGAUCGUGUUGGUGGAAGUAAAGUAGCAGCUGAGGAACAAUCGGUGCCUCAUAGAGCCGCCAAGACCAGCACGCACGCCGUCGAUUCGAGCACGCCAAACGACCGAGUCAUGCGGUUUGUCCGAAAACCUCAAGUGACCGGGACUCUUGUGGCGCUAGCAUGUUUCGCCUGUGUCGCUCUUGUGAGGUCUCAGUAA